AUGACCCAAAAGCUGAUCGCCGUCGUCGGCGCCACGGGCAACCAAGGCGGUUCGGUCGCCCGCCGCUUUCUGGCCGCAGGAUGCCGCGUCCGCGCACUCACCCGCGACGUCUCCUCCCCUUCCGCGGCCGCCCUCGCCGCUCUCGGUCCGGACGUGGAACUCGUCACCGCGGACCUCGAGGACGUCGCGUCUCUCGAGGCCGCUUUCCGCGGCGCCAACGUCAUCUUUAGCGUCACCAACUACUGGGAGCCCUUCUUCCGCCCGGACUGCCGCGCAGAGGCGCAGAGGCGAGGCGUCUCGUGUCGGAGGUUCGCCUACGACGUCGAGUACCGCCAGGGACGCAACAUCGCCGACGCCGCGGCCGCAACUGUGGACUCGCUCGACGACAACGGCUUCCUGGCCUCGACGCUGAGCCAUGCCGAGCGGUGCAGCGGCGGGCGGUUCAAGGAGCUGUAUCACUUCGAUGCGAAGGCCGACGUCUUCCCUGGCUACGUGAAUGAGAAGUAUCCCGCACUGGCGGCCAAGAUGUCGUGUAUUCACACGGGGUUCUUCUACACGAGUUACAACAUUCUCCCCAACUCAUACUUUGGCAAGAUGCUGAUCUUGGGGAAGAACCCUGACGGUACAUUCACCAUGGCUUUCACCACAUCACCUGAAAAGCCCAUCCCUCACUUUGCCCCGGCUAGCGAUAUGGGCAAUUUCACAUACGCUGUUUCCCAAAUGCCGCCAGGGAAGGCUUACAUGGCCGAAGGGACAACCUGCACUUGGCCACAGUUCCUCGAGACGUGGGCCAAGGUGACGAACGUCAAGGCGGACUACUGGCAAAUCUCGCACGAAGAGAUGGUUGAGGCGACGGGGGAGAGGGACACCGGUAUCGAGGUUGCGUACAUGUUUUCCUACUCAUCCGAUCCGGGGUACGACGGCGGCAUGGAUCUCUUGACUGCGGCGGACCUUAGAAAGGCUGGUAUCGAUUGCCCCAUGACAACGUGGGAAGAGUGGGCCACAAACAACGAUUGGACUUCUGUUCUUCAGAAGUAG